AAAAAAACUUAAUACCUUUCAAGUAAACAUGCAACAUUAAUUGCAACUCUGGUGUUGUUGCCUUUUUUGACACAUUUUAAAUCCAAAUAAUUUUUAUGUAGAAAAGUUGUAAUAAUAAUAAUAAUACGUUACCAGUAAAAUAAAAAUAGCUUACGUUAUAAGAAACUGGUGUUAGUGAAGAACUAUGUAUGAUAGUUAACGUAUAUAAGCAACCAGAGGGAAAUUAUUCUUAGAAAACUGAAUGUGCGAUUCUAUGAAAGAUGAAAAUAUAACGAUGGUGUCGAAAACUACUGUUCUCAAAAGUUUGGGUGAUGCCAUUAUAAACGAUCAGAUAUUUGUCAAAGAUAGCACACAAGAAAAUGUAACACAAUAUAUAAAAGAUGAAAUACCUGAAACAACUACAGCGAAGUUUUUAAUAGAAAACACUUUUAUUACGAUAGAAAAUUAUACCAUAAAAAGAGAGCCAGAAACUGUUGUUACUCAAACAUUAGGCAAUGGGUCUAUACCUGAUUCAUCACGAAUUGAAAGUGACGGUGUAGUACAAAUCACAAUAAAAGAUAAAGUAAUUGAGCCAGUUUUAAAAAAGCAUAAAGUGGAAAGAUGUCUUGCUUGUGACAUUUGUGGAAAAAAAUUUUUGUCAUUGGGUCCUUUAAAAGUUCAUCUCCGCUCUCAUACUGGGGAAAAACCCUACACUUGUACGGAAUGUAAUCAGAAUUUCUUCGUUAAGAGCUCACUUACACUUCAUAUGAGGCGACAUACCGGAGAGAAACCCUACACAUGCAAGGAAUGUGAUCAGAGUUUUUCUAUUAAGAGCUCACUAAAACGUCAUAUGAUCAGGCAUACUGGUGAAAAACUCUACGCAUGCACUGAAUGUGAUCAAAGCUUCUCUAUUAAAAAUUCACUUAAUCUUCACAUGAGGCGACAUACUGGUGAAAAACCUUAUAAAUGCACUGAAUGUGAACAAUGCUUUACUCGUAAAGAAGGACUCGAUAUUCAUAUGAAGCGACAUACUGGUGAAAAACCCUACAAAUGCACCGAAUGCAAUAAAAGUUUUGCCGUCAAGCAGGCACUCAAACACCAUUCAAGACAACAUACAGGUGAAAAGCCCUAUAAAUGUGAUGAAUGUGAUAAAACUUUUGCUGUUAAGCAAGGACUAAAUCUUCAUAUGCAGCAACAUACUGGAGGAAAACAUUUUACAUGCACCGAAUGCAAACAACAUUUUGCGCGUAAGCAUGCACUCAAUCUUCAUAUGAAACGGCAUACUGGUGAAAAGCCACACGUUUGCAAUGAAUGUGGAAAAUGUUUUCUACGCGCUAUUGAGUUACGUUACCAUAGUAAAACUCAUAUACGUCCAUUUGGCUGCGAUCAAUGUGAGGAAAAAUUCAAAACCUUCAAACAAUUAGAGCAGCAUAUCAAAAUUCAUUCUGCAAUACGCAAACGUAAAUAUAGAGUUCAAAAACAAAAAUUCAAAUGCAAAGAAUGCAAUGCGAUGUAUGAGACAAAGGAAGGACUUAAAAAUCAUUAUGAAAUCGGAGUUCAUAUAGAUAAAUAUACUAGCAGAAACCUUAAAGGAGUUAUUAAUCAAUGUUCAAUAAAUAAAGUAUUUGAAGCAACCGCGGAGAAAUUAUUAUUGGAAAAUGAAGUAUUUAUUAAAUUAGAAAAUGAAAGUAUAAAGAUGGGGACGACAGCUAAUGAUGAUCAGUCAUUCGAAAAUGAAGUUAUUGUGAAAAAAUUUAAAAAAGAUAAAGUACGCAAAAUAAGCACAGAGCAAUUGUUAUCAGAAAACGAAGCUGUUAUAACUCUAGAAAAUAAGACCAUGAAAACGGAACCAGACGCUACUGUUAUUGAGGCUUUACCUAGUACAAUUAUAGACGAUCAAAUUUCUUUCGAAGAUGUCGUUGCUAUAAAAGAAUUAAUAGAAGAGGAACGUAUGGAAACAACCACAAAGGAAUUAUCACAAUAUAAUGAAUUGGAUUCGUAUAUGCAUUUGGAGGAGCGUUAUUUUGCUUGUGACUUUUGUGAAAAGAAAUUACCCAAAUUGAGUGUACUGAAAAAGCAUCGUCGUUCUCAUACCGGCGAAAAGCCAUAUAACUGCCUUGAAUGCAAUAAAUGUUUUUCUGUUAAGGAGUCACUUAAUCGUCAUAUGAGGCAACACACUGGUAAAAAACCUUUCACAUGUACUAAAUGCAAACAAUGUUUUACUCGUAAGGAAGGCCUCGAGAUUCAUAUGAGACGGCAUACUGGAGAAAAACCAUAUUCAUGCACUGAGUGUACUAAUAGUUUUGCUGUUAAGCAGGCACUUAAACGUCAUAUGAGGCAACAUACUGGUGAAAAGCCCUAUAAAUGUACCGAAUGUUAUCAGAGUUUUCCUCUUAAGGAGACACUUAAUCUUCACAUAAAGCGACAUACUGGUGAAAAACCUUUCAAAUGCACUGAAUGUAAUCAAAGUUUUUCUGUUAAGGAGACACUCCAUCGUCAUUUAAAACGACAUACAGGGGAAAAAUCCCACAUAUGUACAGAAUGUAAUAAAAGAUUUGCUGUUAAGAAGGAACUUAAUUUACAUUUAAGGCGACAUACUGGCGAGAAACCAUACAAGUGUACUAAAUGUAAUCAAAGUUUCACGGCUAAGCGUUCACUCUACAAUCACAUGGCGCGGCACACUGGUGAAAAACCUUUCACAUGCACUGAAUGUAAUAAAAGUUUUUCUAUAAAAAGUUCACUUAAUCUCCACAUGAAGCGGCAUACUGGUGAAAAACAACAUGUUUGCAAUGAAUGUGGGAAACAAUUUCUACGCGCUUUUGAAUUACGUUAUCAUAGUAAAAUUCAUAUUUGUCUAUUUACCUGUGAUCAGUGUGAAACAAAAUUCAAAACUAAUAAGGAACUUGAAGAACAUGUCAGAAUACAUUCAUCUCAAAACAGACGAGAAAAUGAAUGUCAGGAACAUAAAUUCAAGUGCAAAGAAUGCAAUGCGACCUAUGCGACAAAGGAAGAACUUAAAAAUCAUUAUGGAAUAAGAGUUCAUAUGGAUAAAUAUCCUAACAGCAGCCUUAAAGAAGCAAUCACGGAGAAAAUAUUACCAGAAAAUGAAGUGUGCAAUUCAUUAGAAAAUAAAAGUUUAAAGGCGGAGCGUUUAAUCGAAGAUGAAGUUGUUGGAGAACAAUUUAUAAAAAAUGAAUUACCUGAAAGAAGUACAGAGGAAUUGUUAUUAGAAAACGAAGUAUAUACUAUUAUAAUGUUAGGAAAUGAGAGUAUAAGAAUGAGACCUGACCACAUUCCGUUUAAAGAUGACGUUACUAUACAACAACUUAUAAAAGAAGAAGCAAUUGAAACAAGUACAAACCAAUUAUUAUUAGAAAAUGAAGAGAACUCUUGACAUGAAAAAAUCAAUCUGAAAAUCGAACCAAAUUUUACUAUUCGUGAACCUCCGCUUGAUGGUAUCACUGAUGAUCAAUAAUUUAUAGAAACUGAAUUAUUUGAAACAAGUAUAGAGCAAUUGUUAUUAGAAAAUGAAAUUUACCGAUGUGACAAUAGAAAAUGAAAAUGUAAUUGUUGUUAUUAUAGAUGCUGUCAAUGAAUCUGAAUUUAAAUGAUAAGAACAAACUCAAAUAUAUCUGCAUGUUUUAUCUAAUGUUUUGGAAACUAAUUUCAAAUUUUUACUUAUUUAAAUUUUAGCUUGAAAGAUGUUUUUUGGGUUAUAUUAAGCAAGGACAAAACUACUUAUAUUAAAUGUGUACUGGU